AUGGCUCUCAAUAAUUUCGUCAUUCCUCAUUGGAAUGAUAACCGUACGAACUUGGAAAACUUAGUUUCAUUUGAAGUGAGUGAAAGUUGUGAGGUUAAUUCAAUCAACUUGGAAAGCAAUUCUUCCGUGCGAUUGGCUCUAUUAGACUUUUACAACGAUAUCAAAAGUCACAAAGAAACAGUCAAAGAAAUAAAAAAGGUACAAAGCGAUGUCACAAGCUUACAGUAUUUACAAAAUGAGAAUUUUAAACGUGAUGUCAGAAAAAUCGAUUCUGUUAUGGCCAAAAAGUAUUCAUUGUUUCCACCUGAUUCUCUAGCAGUCGAAAAUAGUGUUGAAAUAAAACAAGAAAAAUGGUCGAAAUCGGGGGGAAAUGUGUUUUCAAAUCAAUUAAAAAGUUCUGCGUCAGAAGACACAAUGACGUCUUGGUCUGUUUCAAACCAUACUUCAAGCCCAAUUUUAACUCUAAAAACAAAGAAGUCGAGCCAAAGUACGUUAAAACAGGAACAGGCGAAGACAAUCUUGAUAGCCGUGCCGAACAUUGUUGAAUUUCGUAAUUGUGUAACACACAAAAUAUACAAGAAAUCGGUGUUGCUGCGUAACGUGAGCACACGCGAGCUGGCGCGUUUCGAGAUCGAGAGGCGACCGGCGCGAUCGGCUUUCGUGGUUUUCGUGGAGUCCGGGACAGGAGGUGACAAGCGCGACGUCGCGCCGGGCAUGAGCGUCAAGCUCGUCGUGUGUUUCCGUUGUGCGAUGUGGAGCCAGGACUCUGAGGAAAAACUCGUUAUCCGCGUGAGGAACGGCAAGCCCGUGGUCGUCGAGUUUACGGCUCGACGCGACCCUCCGAAAUUGAAAGUUUUACUGCAGACUCUUUCGUCGCCCUUUCACUCCAAUAAUAGUGGUAAUCGAGAAAUCAGCGACAGCCCCGGAUCGAGCUCUGACUUUGACCUUAUUUCCUCGUCGACGAUCACCGAAAAAUCGAACUCCCUGAGUGACGCAAUCACCGAAACGGGUAGCGAGAGCUCCUGCUCUGCGUCGCCGUACUUCAAUUUCGAUUGUAAAAAAUGUUUCAUCGGCGAGUACGCGUAUGCAGCCACGAUUGUGAAAAACGUCGGAGGCAGGGGCAAAUUUUUCGUCAUGAAUGAGAUCGACUGGUGUUCCAUGAAUAUCGAGAACGUGACUCUUGAAAACACAUUGAUCAUCCCGCCUUUUGCCAUUCGCCCGGCGUAUUUCGCCCUUCAGCCGAACGAGCAAUUGACUCUGACCACGUACUUCUUUCCAAGUUCUUACGGCCUACAAGUGGAUGAGCUGUAUUUUAUAAGUGACAAUUGUGCCGUGAGGAGUUUCGAGAUCAUCGGCGAUGGAAUUAUGUUUGAACCUCAGCUGCUUCAACUCGACAGAAAAGUCAAGUAUCAGUGGUUCAAGGAGGAAACCGAUAAGUUUUGCACGGUUCGUUAUUUGGAUCUUGGCUCCGAUAUUUCUGGACAAGUCCUAUCGACCACCUUCACUGUCGCUAACGAAUGUGAAUUGGACUUGAACUAUCGAUGGGACAUCGGUAACGAGAUCCUUUGUCCGGUCAAGUCUAAAUACAUCGUCAGUAGGAAAGCAAUUUGUCCGGAGGACGUCAGCGUCGAACCGGAUUGUGGCGUCUUUGAGUCUCGUUCAACUGCCGAGUUUACCGUCAGUGUCAGACUCUGCAAUUUAGCUCCUUCCAGAUAUCGCGUGACGCUCCGACUGAUAAUCGAGGAUCUGCCACUCGCUGCUGUCCCGGAAAAGUACAAUUUUCCUUACGAAGAAAGCAAAGUCAGACGCCGCCUUUGUGACAACCCGGUCGACAUAACGUUCGAGAGUGUGGAAGUUCGCCUCACCUGCCUGUCCAUCUCGGAUAAGGAAAAAGAAGCUUUAAUAACCAGCAGCUCAGAGAACGACAAAAUCGCCAAAAUUUUACUGCAGCCCUCGUUCACCGAUGGCACUCCAUUUUUAUCCAGCGGCAAAAGCCAAGUUGGUCCUCUGGAGAGUAGCAGCAGUAGUGCCAGUGACGACGAAGUUUGCCGAUUCAUCAAGGGCUACGGUACCUGCGACUGCUGCUGCGACCCGUUGAUUAGCUCGGCAGUUCUGAGGCCCGAAGGGUGCCUUUUCGUGGGCAUCGAGCACACGUUCGCGGUGAGUCUUCGUAACGCAAGUGCCAAGCGAUUGAAGUAUUGGUGGGGGAAUCCCAUGGGCUCCGACCACGAAAAAAUCAAAGUACAGGUCGAUCCGAGGUUUAAUAACAUUCCACCCGAUUCAACGCAGAUGGUCAAACUCAAGUGCCUGCCACUGGAGACUGGAACAAUCUCCUCGAUGUUCGUGCCGUGCCAUUACAGCGGGAUAAAUUCGUCCGUGUACUUGUCGAUCGAGUGCGCGGUGAGAGCACUGUGCGUCACUUUUUACUAUCCCGUGACGCGUGAAAAGAGUAUUCGCGUCGAUUGGAGCGCCGACUACGAAUACCUCACGAGAUACGAUAAAAAGACGGAAAAAUUGAGCUUACUCAAACGAAAGUUGAAGGAUGAAAAAUUUUUGCACGAUAAUGUGUACUUUGAUACGUCGGAGAACGUUGUCGAGGUAAAAACAUUCGAUUCUUCGAAAGAAGAUAGCAGCGACGACGACGAGGAGGAGGAAGCACUUUCGGUUGACGAAGUUGCGAGUACCUUUGAAAACGAUGUAGAGCUCGGUAAAAAUGGUAAGGCAGAUUCGAUCGAUUACUCGAUGAGAUCGCGCUGGACGGACGAAGACGAGUAUGACGAGAACGAGGAUGAAAGGCCAAUGUUACCGUACUUCGAUUUCGACGCCGAUGUUUUCAAAAAACACUUUCGUUAUCUCCCACUGGUUGUUGAAUUUCACGUGGUAUCCGGUAAAUAUAUGCGAAAGCGUCUCUUUUUGCAAAAUGAAAGUCCAAUAUCAAGCUAUUUUCGCAUAAAGACGAAAUACUUGAGCGUAAAAGAAGGAAGAAAUCAAUGUACGCGUGUCCAUAUUUUGUGAUUAAAAAACAUUAAUUUGUACUUCAAUUAAUGGAAAAUUUAUGCCGAUGUAGCUACAGAGGAAUCGGGUUGGGGUCUCACUUUGAGCAUCGAACCCGAAGAGGGUGAAAUUAAGCCGUACGAGAUAGUAUAUUUCGACGUAACUGCCCGAGGCAACUCGUGGGGAAUUUACAACGACGAAAUCACGAUUAGCAUCGAUCAUUUGCCUCCACGGUUUUUUUGGAUUAAAAUCAUCAACGACAGCUCACCGAUUUCUUAUCCCGUUUGUAGAAACACCACCUCGAAAAUUCCAAAAAUCAGGUUUGAAAUUCCCAAGCCUGGUUGUGUCCCGGGUGCACGAAAGCUCUUAGUCGAAAACACGAGCGACAUACCAGUGUACGUGAAUUGGCACUGUUUCUUGAUCGAUCGCACCACAGAAGAAAAACCUUUUAAUUUGAUUGUGGACGUGCUCACGCCUUUUAUGAGCAUCGAUGAGUUUUUAGCCAUGAACAGUAGCUUUUACAAGGCCAUACGGCGAUUUUUCAGUUGCGCCUUCAAUCCCUACCAAUCGGACAAAAGUAUCGUUGACUUGAGUAAAGGUACCAGCAAAACGACUCGCAGCACUUACACUUGUGACAAUAAUGGUCCAGAUGGUACGAGCGAGAGUAGUUUUGAUCGUAUCAAUGUUGACACUUUGGUUGACAAGGCUUCGAGCUCGAGAUCGUUGUCGAGUGAUCAUUCAAAGCCCAAAAAAUUGAGGGACUCCGAGUUUUUAUUCAAUGUGGUCCCUUAUUACGGAAAAUUAUCUUAUGAUCUGUUUAUUAUUGAACCACAUGAAUUGUAUUUGCCUCCAAAAGAGAAACGUUACGUGAGCAUAAGUAUGAAUACAGAAAAAUUAAAUCCAUCAGCUGAUUCAAUUACUUGUAAAGCUUGUGGUUUUGUAAGGAUUCCUCCACUUUUCAAGUAUAAAGAUAAUGUAUAUCUGCGAAAAGAUGGUUAUUACUUACCUCCCACUGAAGUUCACUUGGAGUGUGCCAUUAAACAGUCGAUGCUUUUUGUACAGACAAACGCAGACCAACACACAUUUGAAUUUGACAUGACACAUUUCGUCAAGCAAUCAAAAAAUACAAUCGUACAAACAAAAAAGAUUUUACUAACAAACAAGAGUAAUGAAAUCAUGAAUGUAGCUUUCGAAAUUGACAAAAUUUUCUGGAUAAAAAUAAUAUCAACACAACGUGAAGUGCUUUGCAAAAAUCGAGGAUUGAUACAUCCAGGAGAAAGUGUGGAGAUCAAGAUUUGUUGUAAAAUUACAAAUGAUUGGAUGGAACAGUUAUAUUUAGAAAAUAGAGGAAAAAAUUAUUCGUCAAAUUAUAUAAUUAAGAAUGGAAACUUGCUCAUCAAAUACAAAGAAGGCUUCAGUCAAACAAUUUGUAUAUUUCUUAAACUUAAAUUACCUUACCUAUCUCUUUCAACUCGUUACUUGGAUUUUGGGAAAGUACGGAUUGGUGAUACAAAAGUUCUAUCAUUUACAAUACACAAUUUGUCAGAUUCCCCGCAAGAAUUAGAAAUACAAAGUACAAAUAUUACUCAAGUUUUUACAUUUCAUCCAAGUAAGGCUUUACUUGCUAUAAAAGGAACAAAUGAUCUUGAUUCACUUCAAGUCAAUGUAAAAUUUUCACCCAAAAAUCAAGGAGUUUUCAAGAACAAAUUGAGGAUCGUUUCAGAAGUUGAUGGUUUUAUAACAAGUUGUGACGUCGAAGGAUCUCAUGCCUACAAAAACAAUCCACCUCCAAAAAAGUACUAUUUAGACCCUUUCAAUGUAGCUUACACCUUCUCUAAAUUAAUCAACACUGAAGCUGCAAGAACGUUUGUUAUUGGUGAAUUUACUGAAGAUUUUGUAGACAGACAAAUUUAA